UACAGGUUUGAGUCAGGAUCUUUAAUCUAUUGUAGAGAACAUGAUCAUAGUGAUUGUUUGUUGAAUAUGGCUCUGUCGGGAGGGCUAAGAUGCUGCCAAAGGGUUUUCUCCUGGAUACCUGUCGUUAUAAUUACAUCUGUGGUGCUGUGGUCGUAUUACGCUUAUGUCUUUGAGCUAUGUUUGUUUACUCUCAGCAACACAUUGGAAAAAGUGGCCUAUCUUCUGGUGUUCCAUGUUUGCUUUGUGAUGUUCUCCUGGACCUACUGGAAAUCAAUUUUCACACCACCCUCCUCACCCUGCAAGAAGUUUCAGCUUUCCUACACGGACAAAGAGCGGUAUGAGAUGGAGGAGAGGCCGGACGCGCAGAAACAGAUCCUCGUGGAGAUAGCCAAGAAGCUUCCCAUCUUCACCCGUGCUGCGUCUGGAGCUAUCAGGUUCUGCGAUCGCUGCCAGGUGAUAAAGCCGGACCGCUGCCACCACUGCUCCGUCUGCGAAACGUGUGUCCUGAAAAUGGACCAUCAUUGUCCAUGGGUGAACAACUGCGUAGGAUUCUCCAACUACAAGUUCUUCUUGCUCUUCCUGGUGUACUCCAUGCUGUACUGCGUCUUCAUCGGCACCACUGUCCUUCAGUAUUUCAUCAAGUUCUGGGUGGGGGAGCUGCGCAACGGGCCGGCUAAGUUCCACGUCCUGUUCCUCAUGUUUGUGGCGCUGAUGUUCUUCGUCAGUCUCAUGUUCCUCUUUGGGUAUCACUGCUGGCUGGUCUCUAAGAACAGGUCCACUCUGGAGGCCUUUUCUGCCCCCGUGUUCCAGAACGGGCCCGACAGGAACGGCUUCAACGUUGGAUUCCGCAGGAAUCUGCGGCAGGUCUUCGGGGAGGACAGGAAGCUGUGGCUCGUUCCUGUGUUCACGAGCCUGGGAGACGGGCACUUCUACCCCAUGCGGAGCCGGAAUGAAUCCCGGAACCCCCUCCUGGCCAGUGAGGAGCAGUGGGAAGAGGACGGCGGAUCGGAUGAGGAGAGCGCGGGUUUGCAAAGAGACCCUUCAGUCACUGUGGAGAUUGAGUCAUAGUACAGAGGAAUAUUCCAGAACACAAAGACAUCUAAAGACCCCAGACAUCAACCACAAAGGAUGUGGCUCACUGGAAACAGCACUGCUCUUAGCUUGAAGCCGAUGACGCAUUCCAAGCCCUGAAGAAUUUCAUGCCGACACAAAAAAAGAACCAAGCAGGCACCAAAUAUCCAAACAGCCUGAGGAGCCUUGCAGGUGUUCUGGUGUAGUGGGUUUUUUUUGUUUUGGUUUUUGUUCCUUUUUAUUUCAUUAUUAUUUUUUUUACAUCUGUAAAUAUACGUGUAUUUAUUUAUGAGGAAAAAUAUAAUCGACGAUUGAUGGAAUAAAAAUAGGAGAUUCUUUUCUUUCAGUACAGAUCUGCUCCUUGAAAAUAAGGUGACAUCAGUUGGGUAAUUUGCCAUGAUUGGACCAUAAAUCUACUCUACUGUGAUGUAACCCUACCUUUUCCGGCUCGCUUCUCCCAAGCAUCUCUCUUUCGCUUUGGGCAGAGCGCCUGCGGUCCUUCUGUGUGAUGUUCCAAGUCCCCGGUCUGAGUCUCGGCGCGGCGCCCCAGGUUGUUUCAGCAUCCGGGAUGGUGGGGCUCCGUUUCCCUAAUGCCAGCCCAUUACUGACCCAGGGCGCCAGGGCGCCAGGCUGCCCGAGGCCCAGAGCCAGGCCCCUCAGCAGCGGCCAUUGUUCCCAGGGGCAGCGCGCCACUGAUGCAUGACCACCUCUGCGCAUUCCUGCUGCCAGCGCACCGUGACGGGGUACUGUGCGAUUGGAGGCGGGGCCUCCCCUAGAGAGGCGCGGUUACGACAGAGCGCAGUACCUUGUUAAGAGUCUUACCGUCUGUUCAGUUUUCAUUUGGGUGGCUUGUGAGUAAUUCUUAGCAUUAUUGAUUAUUCCAAAGAUUGUUCUAAUGAAAUGGCUAUUGUCUGUGGCUCAGUAUUCCUGUUCUCCCCUUUUGGCCGUUGAUGAGUAAAAGCACUUUUAAUGGUCCUCAGUGUCAACGGUUUCUAUUUGUUUUUAACCAAUAUUUAUGAAUAUUUUAACAAUUAUUUUUAAAGACCAAAUUUUAGUUUUUAGAAGUAUACGUACUGUAGUUGUGAGAACCUCAUGUUUGGUGGUGCAGUGCACUGAUGGGUGGUCUGCUGCCCAUGUUAAAUGACUUACAUAUACUGUAUGAACUAACCGUGCUAAGACUGAAAAUGCAGAGCUAUUUAUUUGGAAAUAGUUUUUCUUAAAAGAACUUGUAUUUGGUUGAACUUUAAAUUCGGUUUUUCCUGUGGUUAUUGUGCUUAAUCUGUCAUAUUUUUUCUUCAGAAGAUGGGAAAGUGGUGUUUUCAUUCAUUUGCUUUUGUCAUAUUUCAUUUACUCAAAAUUCAGUAUUCACACAGAAAACUAUCUCCAACGAUUGUAUGGAAGUGUAUUAUGUACGCAAUUGUACACAGGUAUUAUGGAAAACCAGUCACCGAACAUGCAUAUCUAAGCUAUGCACGUAAGCCAACUGGAGCAGCCAAUAUUUAUUCAAAAUCAUGUUUUCCCUGCUUACCAAUGGAAACUUAAUGGUACCAAUCACUGCAUAUGUCUAGUGUCUACCUAUGUGAUCCCGAGACACUGUCUCUAGUGCAGUCAAAACCAGUGUAGUUCCUCCAAAAAGUAUUCUGAUUGAAGUCGUUUUGCUGUUGUGUUUUGAGGUGCAUUAAAAUUCUCAAACCCUAUUCCUUAUGUGUUUACUGUGAAAAGUAUUUCAAGGAACUGCAAGUUGAAUUUAAAAAUGCAAGAGUUUCAGGAAAUGUAGGGCUCAGGCCCCAUUCACAGUGAGAGAUCUUCAAUUGGCUGUCAUCAGGUGACUUCCAUUGGAUAAAAAUAGGCCUGCUCUCUUGUGAGUGGCAAAGUUUAGUGUGUCAGCAGUACCUGCAGUUAAAGUGCAUACCUAUCAACAAUGGUAAAACUUGUUUACAGGCAAUUUUUGCAUUUGACUUGGAAAUCUGAGAAAUUUGGAAAAGGGUGAUUGGGCGUUGGUUUUUAGCAUUUUAGCUUUUUUAUGUCCCUGUUGUUCAUUAUGGAGAUUCCAUCAGUGGAUUUUAUUUCAGGUAACUGCUGAUGUGCAACAUUUUUGUGUCUGGAAUCUUUGAAUAGGCCAGUUUAUCUGAAACUGUACCAUCACUCGAGCAGAUAAAUAUUUAUGUGAAAAUCCUCCUUGUGUCCCGAUACAAAGCUAAGUGUGCAUUUUGGCUGGUGAAAUUAACCAUUUUUAUGCAAGAACUGUUUCUUAGCAGAGCAGAUUAUUUCCAAUACACUUUCAUUUCUACACAUAGGGUGUGAAUAGACAGCCAAUUUCAUGAUCUUUGUUACAAUAAAAGCUGUUCCUUACUGAUGUAAAACUUGUUUUAAAACCAAUAAAACCACUGAAUCAUG